UCGAUUGCCAAACGGUUCAGGAUGGAUAGCUUUGACGAUUCCACGGAGGACUUCCUAUCCAAUGGGUUUUAUCAGUUUUAUACCGAAUUCCACGAAGAUCUGUUCGACGUGUUCCUGCCUGGAGACAAUCUUGUGGUGGAGACGAUCGAGUCGGAGGUCGUUGAACUGGAGCAUGCGUCAGCUGGAAAGGAACUUGUGGAUGUGGGCCUAGAAGCGCAGGUGGAAAACUUUAUUUUGGAUUACAGCAGCAUUGAGUUCAAUCAGAUUUGGGAUAAUGACUAUCAACUACCAGAUCGAACAUUUCUGUGCGAUGGCUCAUGCGAUGCAUUUCUGCGAAAAGGAGAGACAGAAUUGGAACAAGUAAGAGUUCCGAAUGAGCAAGAUACCGCCGAACUAACUCCGACGAAUUUCGUUUGUCCGUUUGAGUCCUGUCGAAAAGUGUAUGCCAAACCGGUGCACUUGAAGGCCCACCUCAGGCGACACGUGGGCGAUAAACCGUACCAGUGCAAGUGGAACGGGUGCAAGUGGCGGUUCUCGCGUUCCGAUGAGCUGGCUCGGCACUUCCGUUCCCAUUCAGGCGUUCGACCGUACAAAUGCGACUUCUGCCCGAAGUGUUUCUCCCGAUCGGAUCAUCUGGCCAAACAUAGGAAAGUGCACGAGCGAAAAAUUGCGGCCGGGAAGUCGAAAGCCGUUUGGAUCAGUUUGCCACGAAGCAAACCGGGGCGGAAACCCAAAAGUGCAAGCAAAGUGUGA